GAAUGAGGGAUGUGAAGAUUCUUAGGGAGGAGAGGCAGCUCGGGGUCAUGGAGCAAAAGAGUAGGCUCUGGGUGUCUGAAAGUGGCACCCAGAAGAGCCGGCCUUGCAGGCGCCGGGUCUUCUGGGCGCAUGGUUUUGAGCUUAGGUGGAAGUACCAGGGAUGUGAGGACCGCACCAGUGCCCCAAACUGGUGGACCUUUGAUCUUUGAUCUUGCCUUCCCCGUCUCAAUUGUAGCCGCCAUGACCACCUUCCAAACCAAGAAGGAUCCUCUCCUUCGGGGUGUAUCACCCACCCCUAGCAAGAUUCCGGUAAGCUCUAAGAGACGCCCGCCUGUCCCCACAGUCAAGCCUUGCACCCUGGACCAGGAGAACCAAGACCCAAAGAGAUUGGAGCAGAAGUUCAGUAUUCAACAUCCCCUUGUUGACUCAGCAGGCCCCAGGCCAAAAGCCACACAUCAAACAGAGAAACCAGAGAGAUUGGUGGGAAGCACUCUGCUUCGGAACCCCUUGGAAGAGCUCAGGCCUAGCCCUAGGGGACAAAAUGUGGGGCCUGGGCCCCCUCCCCAGACAGAGAUUCCAGGGGCUACAGAGUUUGUGGCUGACCCUGAGGCCCUAGCUACCAUCCUGUCAGGUGAGGGGGUGAAGAGCUGUCGCCUGGGGCGCCAGCCCAGUCUGGCUCAGAGAGUACUGAUUCGAGGGAGCCAGGGAGGCACCAUUCGGAGGGGCCAGGGUGCUCGGGCCUCUACUUAUUUGGCUCCCAGAACCCCUCAAAACCGACUGGACCCUGCCAGGGCUUCUUGCUUUUCAAGGCUGGAGGGACCAGGACCCCGCAGCCAGACCCUGUGCAAACAGAGAGCUGUGAUUCCACCUUUAAGACCUUCCUUUUGCCCCUCCACUCGCCCCAGCUUCCAGGAGCUAAAAAGAGAGACAGGUGGCAGCAGCAGCCGGACUUCAGUGAUCCAGACCUCAGGAUUGCUCCUGGAGACCCCAGUCCAGCCUGCUUCCUCUCUCCUGAAAGGAGAACGUAAAGUUGUCACUCACUCAGAUGAAGGAGGAAGGGGCCCCGUCAGUCUGGCCCAGUGGGUUCCGUUAGGACAAACCCGGGAGCUAACCCACAUGAAGGACAACCGUGACUGCCACCUAAUGCCCUCCUCUGGCCAUUUGCUACUACCAUCCAACCCCCAUCCAUCCCCCUUUGGAUUGGCUCAGCGUGUUCCCUCCCCUGCCUCCUCAGCUUUGACCUCAUAUUCAGUGUUGCGGCGUCUUGCCAUUCGCCCCAAAACCCAGUUCACACCCAUCCCAUCGGCCCCCAGAACUCAGCAGGUAAGAGAGGGCAGGGGAGGUAGCUGGCAUAGGAAGGGCAUGGAUGGGUAUACGAAGAGUUAUGACAUCUCAUUUCUGUCCCAGGCCCGAUGUUUGAGUGGCCUGUCUCCUCAGUCUUGCUCUGAAGAGCCUGCCCUGCCCUGGGAGCAGAUUGCAGUUCGGUUAUUUGAUCAGGAAAGUUGUAAAAGGUUGCAGGAGGGGCCUGGGAAACCACCUGUGGCAACUCUUCACAGACCCCACCCUAGCAGAACCCCCAACCUCCAGGAGCUGAAGAUGCAGCGCAUCAGUAUCCUGCAGCAGCUUUUGCAACAGGAAGUAGAGGGGCUGGCAGAGAGCAAAUGUGCCCCCAUUAAUGGAGGAACUCUGAAUGCCCCAGAGCAUAAUUCUGGGGCUUUCCACCUUCCUGAACUGUCACAGCACUCUGGACUGCCAAAGCCCUGCUUUCCAGAGGAGUGUGGGGAACCACAACUCUGCCCUGGAGCAGAGCCUGAGGUAGCUCAGCCCUGCCCUACAGCAGAGCAAGUGCCUCCAGAGUCCUGCUGUAGGAGGGAGCCUGAGAUACCAGAGCCUACCACCCAGAAUCAGCCUGAGGUAUCUGAGGCCUGCCCUCCAGUAGAGCCUGGACCCUUUCAGGCCUGCUCCCAGGGACAGACUGGACUCCCAGAGCCCUCCGCUCGGGUAGAGCCUGGGGCAUCAAAGGCCUGCUCCCUAGAACCUAGGAGUACAGAGUCCAGUCCACAGCCCUUCUGCUGUCAGAGGGCUCCAGCAACCACCAGCGUGAUCUUUUCCUCCCAACGCCCACUUUGUGCCAGUCCCCCUAUCCACUCACUCCAAUCUCUGAGGCCCCCAACAGGCCAGGCAGGCCCCAGCAGUCUGGCUCCUCGAACCCUGGCCCUGAGGCAGCGCCUCAAAGCCUGUCUGACUGCCAUUCACUGCUUUCACGAGGCAUGCCUGGAUGAUGAGUGUGCCUUCUACACCAGCCGAGCCCCUCCCUCAGGCCCCUCUCGGGUCUGCACCAAUCCUGUGGCCAUGUUUUUGGAAUGGCAGGAUGCCCUGUGUUUUAUUCCAAUUGGUUCUGCGGCUGCUCCGGACUCUCCGACAUGAGGCACCCACCUCCACCUGCUCCUGCCCUGUCUUGCUUCUUCCUUUUAGCACUUAUUUAUUAUCAGUUAAU